AUCAGCUCUCCCAGUCUCUUCCACAGAUGGAGUCCUGGGCUGGCUAAAGGAGAGCAGAGGCAAAAAGGAAGACAGUUAGGCUGAUAGAUGCGGGGGGACCGCAGGGGACAAGGGUUUAGGUGGGGGGAUUGGGAGCCUCUGUCUAAUUCCUUCAUGAUCUCCCUGUUGUCAAGGGGAGGGGAAAGGGGCGUUGCCAUGGCUUACUGCUAAAUUACUUCAAGCGAAAAUAAGUGUCACUUCUAAUGGAAGGAAGACCGACAGAUUCUAACUGAGGAACAGACUUGAGCUCACAGUUUAUGACUCAUCAUCACUUGACAAAGGUGGAAAAAUCCUUUGCUGCAGUUGAGGUUACAAAAGGAAAGCUCUGACUGUUUUGUUGCAGCUGCAGAGACAUCAUCGCAGCGGAACAUUUUCCUUUAGGUCUUUACAGACCACAAGGUCUGGAAAAGGAAGUAAAGGAAAAGGAAAUAAUAUAAAGAAGUUACACUGACGGAAUAAUUGACAAACAGAGGAAAUGAGGAAUGACUGACUAGGGAGGACUCAAAGUCAAACUUGUUAGAAAGGCAAGGGAUAUAAGGACACAGUGACAAGUGGAGAAAUCUUCUUGGGUUGGGUGCAGCAGGAUUGUGCCAUGAUUCCCCCUGUGGUGGUUUUGCUGGUGCUCCUGUUGCUCUCUGGAACCAAGUCCUCUCUCCAGGGAGACACUCAGGAAAUGGGAAACAUUGAAGAGAUCUUGGAGAAAGAGUUUAUCUAUGCAUCAAAACGGCAAAAACGUGCCAUGGUUGACCACAGCGCUUCCCAAACAGACAAAUGUUCUUACACCUUUUUUGUCCCUCAGCAGAAAAACAAUGGGGCCAUCUGUGUGAACUCCAUGAAGCCUGAGGCCAUGCUGGAGAAUCGGGUCAAUAAGCAGGACCUGGAGCUGCUCAACAGUGAGCUGCAGAAGCAGCAACGGCAGAUUGAAUCGCUGCAGGAGUUGGUAGCAGUAGAUGGGGGGGUGGUCAAUGAAGUCAAGCUACUGCGUAAAGAGAGUCGCAACAUGAACUCCAGAGUUACACAGCUCUACAUGCAGCUGCUGCAUGAGAUUAUCCGCAAACGAGAUAAUGCUCUAGAGGUGUCACAGCUGGAGAUCUGUGUGCUCAACCAUACAAACGAGAUGGGGAGGCUAGCCUUACGCUACCGUGACCUGGAACAUAAGUACCAGCAUCUGUCAGCUCUUGCAAGUAACCAGAGCGCUCUCCUGCUGCAACUAGAGGAACAUUGUAAGCGGGGAGGAUACUCAUAUGGUAUAGUGCAGGACAGGAGCCACGCUGCCCGUUCACAGCAUCCUCUACAGAUGCCUAUACUUUCACCUGGAGGCUACAGGCCCUUCCACCCACCUACCUACACCCGCUACACCAAUAAACCCAUGACAAAUGACAUACAGAGUGACCAGAACUCCAAAGCAUUACCACCUCCAUUGCCCACAAUGCCAAGUGCAACACACAGUUUUACGAGUGAGCCCUCUGGUCCUUUCAAAGACUGUCUAGAAGCUCUGCAGGGUGGAUACACCACCAGUGGCAUGUACCUCCUGAAACCAGACAAUGGCAACCGAUUCAUGCAGGUUUGGUGUGACCAGAGACAAGACCCUGGUGGCUGGACUGUCAUUCAGAAACGUCAGGAUGGUUCUGUGAACUUCUUUAGAAACUGGGAGACGUACAAGCAAGGGUUUGGAAACAUUGAUGGUGAACACUGGUUAGGCCUAGAGAACAUCUACUUGCUGACCAACCAGGGCAACUACAAGCUGUUGGUGACUCUGGAAGACUGGGCCGGACGCAAGACCUUUGCAGAAUAUGCCAACUUCCGUGUGGAGUCUGAGGCCAACUUCUAUAGGCUGCAAAUGGGCCGAUACCAUGGCAACGCUGGAGACUCACUUACCUGGCACAAUGGCAAGCAGUUUACCACACUGGACAGAGACCAUGACACCUUCACAGGUAACUGCGCACACUACCAGAAGGGAGGGUGGUGGUAUAACGCCUGUGCUCAUUCCAACCUUAAUGGUGUGUGGUACCGCAAUGGGCAUUACCGCAGCCGUAACCAGGAUGGGGUAUACUGGGCCGAGUUCAGAGGAGGAGCUUAUUCUCUGAAGAAAGUGACCAUGAUGAUACGACCCAAUGCCAACACCUUCCAUUAACACUUAAAAAAAAAAUCUCACAGGGGUUUCCAUUUCUUUAUCACAAAAAGUAUGAAUUCUUAAUUUUAAAUGUCAGUCUUUCUUUUUAGAUUUUUUUUUGUUUGUUUUUGCUAUUGGUUGCUUUAUGCUGAUAAUAUAGCUUGAAAUUGCAAAGGCUCAUGCUGUAAUGCAAUAGGAGCUGUGCAGCAUUUUGUUAUUUUAUUCAUCCUACAGGCAUAGAUUUUUGCUUUUUUUUAUUAUUAUUAUUAAUAAUAAUAAUAAUAAUAAUGAUAAUACAUUAUGUCCCCCCAGGAUUUAUGCUUGGUCCGGGUGGGGUGGGACAGGAGGUUGGCAUCAGCAGAGUGGAGUGUGCAGGUGGGAGCGUGAUGAUGGAGGAACUCAGACAGGUAGGGUGGGGCCUGGUUAUUGAGGGCUUUGUAUGUUAUGAGGAGGAUUUUUAAGUGGAUUCUCUGGGGGAUGGGGAGCCAGUGGAGCUUAUGGAGAACGGGGGUGAGGAGGUCACGGGUGAGAGAGUGGGUGAGUAGCCGAGCAGCAGAGUUCUGCAUAUACUGGAGCUUAUUGAGGGUUUUUGAAGAUGAGCCAUAGAGUAGACUAUUGCAAUAGUCCAGACAGAAGGUGAUGAAGGCGUGGAUGAGGGUUUCUGCAGCUGAGGAGGAGAGGGAUGGACGGAGGCGAGCGAUACUCUUGAGGUGAAAGAUGGCUGUUUUGGCUAUGUUUUUAAUGUGCUGGUCGAAGGAGAGGGAUUGAUCGAGAAUAACGCCAAGAUUUCGGAUGUGAGGGGAGGUGGAUACUGCGGAGCCGUCAAUGUUAAGGGUAAAGUUAUGGGUCAAAUCAACAUUGCACACAAAUCAACAAAAGCACAGACAAACAUACAUUAAGUGAAUGUAAUAUCUUACGUGUUCUGCUCUGUGUGGGCUUUUGGAGAUUUUGUUUAUAACCUGAUUUUGAUGAUGUGCAUAUCAAAGACUUCUGCAUACAAUACAAUAUAAAAUUUACAAAAGGAUUUCUUUAUCUGUUAUGUGCUGAAUGAAAUCACAUUGCAAAGACAAAGAAAUUUACACCAAUCAGCAAGAAAAUAAAACCAAUGACAGGUGAAGUGAAUAACUUUGACUAUUUUGUUCCAAUGCAUUGUUCUGCCCCCCCAGCGUGCUGCUUUUUUCUGCUGGGAGGACACUGCCAUUGGGGAGUACUGUUACCAUGAGGAGGGAUAAUUGGUCUGCAGCGGUGUUUGAGUGGGUGGAACAUGUCAGGUGGUAUCCACAUGAAUGCCAGAAGCAAGGGUUUCCCAGCAGAACAAUGCAUUGGAAUAAAAUAAUCAGUCAUUCACUUCACCUGUCUGUGGUUUUAAUGUUUUGGCUGAUCGGUGUAUAUCCAAAAAUCAAAAAUGUCUGCUGGCAAAAAACUGGCACUUCAGGUAAUUACUAGUGCUUAUAUUAUAUUCUGUAAGUAUGAUAUAUAGAAGGAUCAGUUCUACAGAACAUAAACUGGUUAUUUAUUUUUGUAACAAUUUCCUAAAAGAUUGCAGUAAAUCUGUCUAAUUUGUCAGGAUAUUCUACUUGUCAAGUCCUUCGCCUCUUAAUGUCAUCCAAUAUUUGGGUUUGAAAAUAGUUCAGUGAGGUUUAGAGGUGCUGGUAGGUGUAUUUUUUUAAACUCUGGGCAGAACCAGGUUAGCUGUUUCCCUGAUUUCCAGUCUGUAUGCAGAGCUAUUUAACCACAUCCUGACUCAGCUCUGUACUCCUUCAACUAUUCUUCAAAGUUACCAGCACCAAGGUAACAAGAUCCACCACACAUGGAUAUUGUGAAAUAGAUUAAAGGCUUUAAAUGUAGACAGGAUUCACAAAAAUACUUUUCACAAAUAGACCAUUAUUGCAGGAUUUCCAGGUUAAAGCAGCUUCUCUAUAUUCAAACAGUAACCAGCAGUUCAGUGUGGACAACUCAGUUAUUCCCUCCACCCUCAAAAGGUUUUCUGGUCUGUUGAAAGGAGCAAUUACUAUAUUAGUGUGCAGAUACUACCAGAUAUUCUGUGUGUUAAUUAAUUUUUAAUUAAUUGUAAUUAAUUUUUAAUUAAUUUUUUUAAAUAAUUAAUUUUUAUAGUCUGUAUGUUGUCAAUCUUGCAAUAAACUAUGUAUGACUGUUUCCAGUGAUCUCAUUUCAAUCAGUUCUAUUCUUUAAUGAUACAUUUAAUACCUGAGACACUAAGAAAUUCCUCCAGCCUCCUCCUUCUUUCUCAGGUAGGUAACCUCAACAAUUCCAUCACUCCGACCACCCAAAAUCAAAGCCCUCGUGCCCUUCACACAUUUAGACUACAAUCACAGGUCCAAUUAACAGAGAUGAGAGAGUACUGUGAUAUCAUGAGCUCCA